AUGGAUACCCCCAAGGUGGAGCCAAUGGCCGUGAUCGGAAUUGGAUGCCGAUAUCCUGGAGGUAUUAGAACCGUCCAGGAGUUCUGGGAUGCAAUUAGAAAUGAAUCAGACAUGAUAUUAGAAGUUCCGCCCGAUAGGUUUAACAUUCACGCAUUUCAUAAUCCCACUUCCCAGAAUAAAGGCCGGAUCAACAAUAUCAGGGGCGGUUUUCUGGAUGAUAUCGACUAG